AUGCACUUACCUCAUACUUCAUGCAAUUUAUUGAUUCAACAAGACUCAACAAUUUAUAUAUAUGAUAAUGUAGUCGAUUAAAUGCCCAUUCCAUGUAUUUCUGUAUCUAAAAUGAACACAAAUUUUAAGGAAAUAUCCAGCAUAAAUAAGACUUUCGCUUAACUUUCCCAAAUUCUACACAAUAUAUCCAUAGAUUUUCUUAUACAUUGUAUAUGAAAAACCACAUUGCCCAAUGAAGCCCACUCAAAAUCAAGCAAAACUUUUUACACUGUGUUGUUAUUACUAAACCUGCAAUUACUAAUUCAUAAUGAAAUAAUUGUUAUUUUUUUGCAUGAUAUAUAUCAAAACGUUGUAAAUUUUAAGAAAAUAAUUUAAAUAAAGUGAAUAUUAUUAUAUUCCACUCAUUCAUUUUGCACAAAAACAGCAACAAGUUUUUAUAAAAUAAAAAGUGUAACCCAUUUUUAUAUUCUGGUGUAUUUUAUGUUUUUUGUUUACCUAGUCAUUUUUCACCAUAGACUAAGCAAAAAGAGAAUAGAUAUAAAUAAUAAACAUAUAAUUAGAAAUUUAUUUCCAUGUAUAUAUAUAUAAAUAUAUAAUAUGUCAUUGUAAUUUGUUUUGUAUAAUUUUGUUUUCCAUUUUUGUUUCUAACUUCUCUCACAAAAGCAAGUGUUUUAUUUCUUACUGCUUUUUCUCUAAACCUCCUGUCACAUUCUUAUGUAUGCUCGUUUUCUGUAUGAAGCAAUCACCAUUUUAUAUUUUGCGUUUGCACCAACAUUUAUAAAAUCUACAAUCACAACAGUUAUGGCUGACAACACUUUAAAAUAUUAUAAAGUUUUUAAGCGCAAGUUUUAUAGACAAAUGUUCUUGUUUGUAAUGCUUAUCACAAUCAACUUUUUAUUGGUACGAUAAAUCAAAAAUUAAAUCACUAAAAUUUUAUUGCAUCCUAUUUUGAUGUUUUGGAUGCAGUAUGUAAAUUGCACACAUAAUAUCAAGCCUUUGCCAAUCAUUUAUUAUGACAUGGGAUAGUAACACAAGUUAUAACCCAUUUAAUUGGUGUUUGUUUAAUCAUUGCCUUGCCACUGUAGUGAUAAAUGUAGAUUUAUUUCUGUUAGCUAACAACAUUCUCUCACUAGCAUUUGCUUUUUUCUAACUGUUUGUAGGAGUUUAGGUAACUGUGUAAAAUACUGCACCAUGAGAUUAGUAAUACUGGAUGAUUAUGACAAAGUAAGCUUGUGGGCUGCUAAGUACAUAAGGAACAGGAUAAAUGAAUUUAAUCCAGGACCGGAAAAAUUCUUUGUUCUUGGUCUCCCAACUGGUAGCACACCUCUGGGUACUUAUAAGAAGCUGAUAGAAUUCUACAAGUCCGGUGCUUUAUCUUUCAAGUAUGUGAAGACUUUUAACAUGGAUGAGUAUGUGAACCUACCAAGAGAUCACCCUGAAAGCUACCAUUCAUUCAUGUGGGAAAACCUGUUCAAACAUAUUGAUAUUGAUCCCAAAAAUGCUCAUAUCCUGGAUGGGAAUGCGGAGGAUGUAAUUAAGGAGUGUCAGAGCUUCGAAGAUAAGAUUAAAGAAGCAGGAGGCGUCAACCUCUUUGUAGGGGGGAUAGGACCUGAUGGUCAUAUUGCUUUUAACGAGCCAGGUUCAAGUCUCGUAUCGCGUACAAGGGUGAAGACAUUAGCUCAAGACACCAUCUUGGCAAACGCACGAUUUUUCGAUAAUGAUUUGUCCCAAGUUCCUCGUCAAGCGCUAACUGUGGGGGUGGGAACAGUAAUGGACGCUGAAGAGGUGAUGAUAUUAAUAACUGGUGCGCACAAGUCGUAUGCUCUUCAUAAAGCUAUAGAAGGUGGUGUAAGUCAUAUGUGGACUGUAUCUGCAUUCCAACAACAUCCAAGAACCAUCUUUAUUUGUGACGAGGACGCAACUCUUGAGCUCAAAGUGAAAACGGUCAAAUAUUUCAAAGGUUUGAUGGAAAUUCACAACAAACUGGUUGAAGAAAGAGUUCCCACUGCUCAAUUGACUGAAUCCUGAUUUAAACGACUUUAAUUUCUCCGCAGUUUUGUGCCAAUUACCUAAUAAAGUACAACACAACUUUUCAUUUAAUGAUUUCCAUUUGUGCAAUGCAUCAUCAUUGUUGAGUGUGUUUGACACUCAUAAGAAUAUUGUAGAAGUUCAUAUGGUAGCUGUACCUCAACUAUAAGUUCAUUUUCCAUGUAUUGAUCCGCUAUAUGUGUCUUGCUUUGUCAAUAUACUUAACCCCAUGCUUCCUAUAAUCCACCAUAGUUAUAUAAAUCUGGUCAAUUACACGCAUAUACUACGCUGUACCAGUUUAUUACUCUGUAUUCUGUAUAAGUAAAAAUAAACAAGCAUUUAAAG